AAAAACAGAAGCAGCAUGCCUGUCAUAGGCUAAUAAAUCCUACCUCCUGCCCGCUUUUAAAAAACAGUCUGAACCGGCUUCCACAGAGCUUCAGAGAACUAAUCUUAAGCAUGGCUGUCUAGCGUGCCCGUCACUCCUAUUGUCCUUCCAAACUCUUGCAGACAUUUUGAGCGAGGAGUAUUAAAGCCAUGAGUUAGCGAGGGUGUGACAUCAAUGGUCCACAAAGGCUGCCAGCACGAAGGGUAAAGAUGAGUACGGGUGGCUGUGCGGAGGACGGCACGGGAUCGCUCUCAUUAAAAAUUAAGCGUGGCUUUUGAAGAAGAUGUGACAACUACCGGAGGUCUCUCUGCCACUCCCCCAGGACAUCCACCGUGAGGAAAGGAGCGGCAGGACCAACAUCCUCUAAGAUGUUUAUAUGGACCAGUGGCCGGACCUCUUCAUCCUACAGACAUGAUGAGAAAAGAAAUAUCUACCAGAAAAUCAGGGACCAUGACCUCCUGGACAAGAGGAAAACUGUGACAGCACUGAAGGCUGGAGAGGACCGGGCUAUCCUUCUAGGGCUGGCCAUGAUGGUGUGCUCUGUCAUGAUGUACUUCCUGCUGGGGAUCACACUGUUGCGCUCGUACAUGCAAAGUGUGUGGACAGAAGAAGCUCAGUGCACCCUGCUGAAUGUGUCUAUCACAGAAACGUUUAACUGUUCCUUCAGCUGUGGGCCAGACUGCUGGAAGCUCUCUCAGUACCCUUGCCUGCAGGUGUACGUGAACCUGACUUCCUCCGGGGAGAAGUUCCUCCUCUACCACACCGAGGAGACCAUGAAGAUCAAUCAGAAGUGCUCCUAUAUCCCUAAGUGUGGAAACAACUUUGAAGAGUCUAUGUCCCUGGUGAGUGUCGUCAUGGAGAACUUCAGGAGACACCAACACUUCCCCUGCUAUUCUGACCCGGAAGGAAACCAGAAGAGUGUCAUCCUGACCAAACUCUACAGCUCCAAUGUGCUGUUCCAUUCUCUAUUCUGGCCCACCUGUAUGAUGGCUGGGGGCAUGGCAAUUGUUGCCAUGGUGAAACUCACUCAGUACCUCUCCCUGCUCUGUGAGAGGAUCCAACGGAUCAAUAGAUAAAAGAAAAAUCAUGGAUAAGAUAUUUUUUCUUUAAAGCUCAAAUACUGUUUUCUUUCAUUCUUCACCAAAGAACCUUAAGUUUUUAACGUGCAGUCUGUUAUGGGUUCCUUACUGUAUUAUUAUUCUAAGUAGAGCAAUAACGCAGAUGCUGUCUUAUAUGCAAACAUGAUGUCAUUAUUAUUCAGGAGAAUUAACUGUUCUUUGUCAGUCGGUGGUUUCAUUAUCUUGUUUUGAUGCUGGAACUAGUCAGUUCUUCUCUUUCCACCAGAAUUGGGCUCAGCUACUCAUUGCUAAGUCUUGUGGCAGAAUGGAGGCACUGUCCACGUGACAAGGUCUGUGUUCUGAGUUUCCAGACCUCUUGAAGACCAGAUUUUUCUUCAUUUGUUGUUUACUAAAGCUACAGCCAAAAACGUGUUUUUUUUUUCUUAUUCUAUAUCGAGUCCUGUAGCAAGUGACUGUAGCAAGGAUGGUUUCCUAACUAAAGCAUGUUAAAAAAAAUUUUUUUAU